ACCCGGAUCGCAAGGACCCCUUGGCGUAAAGGGAAAGAAAGGCGACCGCGGCAUCAUGGGGCUGGUGGGUCCGAUGGGCAUUCCAGGUGCUGAAGGAGAACCAGGUGCCGCCGGCGCCUCAGGUGAGAAGGGAGAGCGAGGACCGCAAGGUGUACACGGACCAUCUGGCCAGAAAGGUGCUGCAGGCGAGCCAGGUGUGACAGGUGUGAGAGGGUUUCCUGGAGUAAAGGGCCCGCCAGGUGAGAGAGGAACCCCUGGAUGGCUGGGUCUUCCAGGUAGGCGUGGCGAGAAAGGAAGUAAAGGUGACCCAGGACAGACAGGUGCAGCAGGUGUGCAGGGGCCGCCAGGUGUGGGUGCACCUGGACAGAAGGGAGCGAAGGGCGAGCCUGGAGGAACAGGUGUUACAACGCCAUCACCUCUGGGACCACCUGGAGAAAAGGGAGACACAGGCGCACCUGGGGGAACAGGUGCGCUUGGGCCACCAGGUGUCGCAGGACGGCCAGGUGUGGGAGUGACUGGGAAGAAGGGGGCUAAAGGUGAGGAGGGGAAAGUCGGUGCCACAGGUGCACCCGGAAAAUCAGGUGAGAAAGGUGAACAAGGAAUGACCGGUUCUUCUGGGUUACCUGGGCAGCAAGGUGAGAAGGGAGACAAAGGUGAACCUGCUGAGAUGAGAGAAACGCAGGUGCGUGGUCCAGCAGGUGAGAACGGUUUACCUGGAGAGAAGGGACAGAAAGGUGAUUCCGGCACACCAGGUGCACCUGGUGAAUCAAGUUACAUAACAGUCAGCGGGAACACCUGGGUACCCUGGCUCACCGGGACCUGA